GCGACGCACCUCGCGCGCAUCCACGGCACGGAGGAGGACAAGGUCAACUGCCCGUUCUACUUCAAGAUCGGCGCGUGCCGCCACGGCGACCGCUGCUCGCGCCAGCACCACAAGCCGCCGUUCUCGCAGACGAUGAUCGUCCAGCACAUGUACCAGAACCCCGCGAGUCAGAUCGCCGCGGCGGGCGGCGACCCGAGCCAGCUCGACCCGAAGAAGGUCCAGGAGGAGUUCGACGACUUCUACGAGGAGGUCUACGACGAGCUCGCCAAGUACGGCGAGAUCGAGGAGCUCAACGUCUGCGAGAAUUUGGGCGACCACAUGGUCGGCAACGUCUACGCCAAGUUCGCCGACGAGGAGCACACGGACGCGUCGCUCAAGGCCCUCUUCGGCCGCUUCUACGCGGGCCGGCCCCUCGUCUGCGAGUUCUCGCCCGUGACGGACUUCCGCGAGGCGCGCUGCCGCCAGUACGACGAGGCCGUGUGCACGCGCGGCGGCUACUGCAACUUCAUGCACAUCCGCACGCCCUCGCGGAGCCUCCGCCGCGACCUCGAGAAGCGC